AUAGAUAUCAUAUCUCUCCUCCAUUCAAGAGGAUAUUUAUAUCGUGAUAUUAAACCAGAAAAUUUCCUUAUGGGAAUUAACAAAAAAUAUAGCACAAUCUACAUUAUUGAUUUUGGUUUAUCAAAAAAAUAUAAAGACAAAAAAACAGGUGAACAUAUUCCUUAUAAAGAAAAUAAAGGACUUAUUGGAACUGCCAGAUAUGUUAGUCUUAACACUCAUCUUGGAAUAGGUAUACUAUUUAAUUAAAAGGAAGAAUAAAGCAGAAGAGAUGAUAUGGAAUCUUUGGGAUAUUUGUGGUUAUAUUGUCUAAAAGGAUCUUUACCUUGGCAAGGACUAGAUGUAAAUAAUAGAGAAGAGAAAUAUGAAUUAAUUAAAACAAUCAAAUAAACAAUAUCAAUUGAAGAUCUAUGUCAUGGAUUACCAAAUGAAUUUAUUAAGUAUUUUCAACAUUGUAGACAACUUAAAUUUGAUGAAGAACCUGAUUACAAGAGGUUUAAAAUGUUAUUUAGGGAUUUAUUCUUUAAAUUAGAUUUCAUAUGGGAUUAUUAAUUUGACUGGAUAGAAUCACUUUAGCAAGAAUAAAUCUAAUCUAUAAUGCAUACAAAAUAUAGCAAGAAUUCUUUAUCCAGUCUUAAAGGAGGAAGUAAUUGAUUUUCAAUUAUUUAGGUUAAAUUCUGAAGACAGAUGAGGAAGAUGAGGUUUAAGAAAAAAUUGAAUUCAAAAUUGGAGGGGAUUCAUAAAUGAAUUAAAAGAAUGUUAAACCGAUGUUAAAUUUAGAUAAAUUAAUAAGCAAGCCGAAUUUAUUUGAAAGUAUCUUCAAAUGAUUAUAAUAUUAAAUUGAUAAAUUAU